AUGCAUUCAAAGUCACCAUAUGUUGUGGCCGCAGCCGCCGCCCUGCUCGCAUUUCCUACAGCAAUCGCAGCACCAGCUAUAAAAAACAACGAGUUUAGUCAAUCUGGUAGCAGCUGUAACUACCUUCCAACAGAUACUCAAUGGCCCAGCCUUGCCGAUUGGCAAAAUCUAAACCAAUCCGUUGGUGGAAGGCUCAUUCUCGGAAAACCUUUGGCUCAAGUCUGUCACGAUCCUCACUAUAACUCGGCUGAAUGCACGGAUAUAGAAGACACAUGGACAGCACCACUCACAUAUUUCACGGAUCCAGUCAAUGUUAUGUCGCCAUACUGGCUGAAUAAUUCUUGCAGUCCUUUCACUUCUGUAAAUGCAUCGUGCACUUUGGGAAACAUGGCUUCUUAUGCCAUCAACGUGAGUAGCGCUGAUGACAUCAUCGCCGGCUUGAAAUUUGCCACGCAAAACAACAUACGAGUCACAAUAAAGAAUACUGGCCAUGAUUACAUGGGCAGAUCGAACGGCGAGGGGUCUCUUGCACUAUGGACACACAAUCUCAAAGACAUAUCAUUUCUCAACUAUACCAGCGCUAAUUACAAUGGCCCCGCGGCAAAAGUCGGAGCUGGAGUUCAAUUUUUCGAAGCUUACAAGAUCGCUGCUGAGAACGGUCUGAGAGUUGUAGGUGGAUUUUGUCCCACUGUAGGUAUGGCUGGUGGGUAUGUGCAAGGUGGGGGUCAUGGCCCUCUCGGAUCAUCCUACGGUCUCAGUGCAGACAACACACUAGAAUUCGAGGUUGUGACUGCUGAUGGUCGCCAUCUUAUCGCCACACCUACGGAAAACUCGGAUCUUUACUGGGCACUUAGCGGUGGUGGAGGAGGAACGUACGCUGUAGUAGUCUCUCUUACCACAAAAGCGCAUGAUGAUGGUAUAGUUGGGGGUGGAUCUUUUACCAUUAACAAUACCGGGGACGACAGGUUUUGGUCUGCAAUUGAAGCUUGGCACAAGCAUCUUUUAUUUCUAGACCAAAUCCCAGGCUUCAGCUCAGUUUGGGGCUUGACAAGCGAGGCUUUCGAAGUUGUCAUUUCCACAUGGCCCGGCAAAAACUCCUCGGCGAUGGCUGAAGCUUUUGAUCCAUACAUAAACGAGGUUCAAGCGAUGAACAUAACAUUUGCAGCAUAUGAAACGAGCGAUAGACCAAACUUCUAUGAUCACUACGCGUACUACACUGCGGGCCUCCCCUAUGGAACUUUUACGACAAACGAUGUUAUGGGGGGCCGUCUGAUCUCACGCUCGGCCGUCCAGAAUAACGUGACAAGUCUAAUUUCUACUUUCAAAGACAUUAUUAGCACGAACGGAAUCCCUGCAACAUCCUUAGGAAUGAGAGGCGUGGCAGCUAACGUCACGCACUCUCGAGUCGGAAACGACGUGAGUUCUAACGCUGUUCUCCCCGCAUGGCGCGAUUCUCUUUACUGGGUAAUUGUCGAUGUUGUUAUGGAAGAGCCGGCUUCGACGGAAACAAUACACCAAGUUCAAGCGCAGGUGAAUGGAUUUCAAGACCAGCUCAAAACGUUGACACCAGGUGGAGGAGCAUACAUGAACGAGGCAACAUUUGACAAUCCGACCUGGAAGGAAGAUUAUUACGGCUCAAAUUACAAUCAAUUGCUGCAGGUGAAAUUAUCUUAUGAUCCUAACCUUGUUUUAUAUGCUCAUACUUCGGUUGGAAGCGAUCUUGUGACUGUAGCGUCGGAUGGGAGAGUGUGCAGAGAUUUGUAG